AUGAGGCUCCUCUUCCUCCUCUUCGUCCUCGUCUGCAGACCCCUCUUCUUGCAGACAGUUGUCGGCAUGGUCAUCGGCCAAGACAGCGGGUCGCGCGCUUCCAUAUCGAUUUGCAAAGACACGUAUCGCCAAGAAGUCGAGGCCCUACUCUCCCGCGACUCUCUCACCAUUACCACCUCCGCGCUCGACGCCGCAAAUAAGUUGAUCGACUGCAUCGCCGACACUUCCAAUCACUCCAAGGCUCCGUCCAAUGAAGAUCUUCUUGAUGCCACUCUUGUUCCCCUGGACACCACUGACAGCUACAUCGACAAUAAAACUGCAGAGGUGGGAAAGGCGUCUGCAGAGUGGAUGAAGAGCAUUGCCGAGUACAAAGAAAGACUUGCCGAGUACAGAGAAGGACUUGCCGAGCGGAAGAAACAACUUGCCCAGUGGACCAAACAACUUGCCGAGCGGGACGUCGAAGUCAAAUCUUAUGCCACCCACAAUUCCAUCCACAACUCUGACUAUCACAAGGACAUGACCCCAUUCAAGAAGCUUCCAUCAAUCGUUGUCACCCCAUUCAAGAAGCUUCCAUCAAUCGUUGUCAAGCCAACACUGCAUGAGACUGAUGCCGCCAUCUUCAUUUCGGAUCAAGGACAAGCCUUCCUGCGCAGCAGGGACAACGCUCACCGGGAGCCUGGCGCGCAGACACUGGCGGAAUGGUUGGGGUUUCAUCAAGAGUAUCUCCAAGGCUUUGGUUGCAACUUUGAGGAAUAUCCAUGGGAGGGGAUGCUCGAACACCUCGAGCUCGCUGAGGAUGGCGGCUUGGAUAAGUUGAACAAAGCAGGGCUGAGGGCGCUGGUACGGAGCCAGUUUUGUGACUAG